AUGGAGGCCCAUCACAAUAACAACGGCUUGCCGUCAUUGGAGGGCAAAGCCAGUUCUUCUAGCAACGAGCACGGCAGCAAUAACUCCUUGGACGAUGCUGUGGGCAAGCUGCUGCAAGGAUAUGAUUGGACGCUGCUUCCGGUGACUUCGCGCGCCGGCGGGCGAAGAAGUGCCCACGUGAAGCGCCCGAUGAACGCCUUCAUGGUGUGGGCGCAGGCGGCAAGGCGAAGACUAGCUGACCAGUAUCCGCAAUUGCACAACGCCGAGCUGUCGAAGACGUUGGGAAAAUUGUGGAGGAUCCUGAGCGACGGCGAGAAGCAGCCGUUCAUCGAGGAAGCCGAGAGACUGCGGAACGCGCACAAGAAGCAGCAUCCGCACUACAAGUACCAACCUCGUCGCAGGAAGCCGAAGUCGGACGAUCAGAUGGGCAUCAUCGUGCACAGGAGUGGACUUCCGUCGCCGGGGACCUCCUUCGACUCCUCAGCUGGCUCCUCGGACUGCACCUACGCGCGCCUGUAUCCGGACGCCGGCGUGAAGGCGUACGAGCGACCGGCGGCCUACCACGAGCCCAAGUCCGGCGCGUACGACCUAGCUCGGCCGGUCUGGGUGAACGAGACGGUCGCCAAGUAUCCCGCCGCCGAUCACGCCAACAAGUCGACGUACGAGACGACGGCCAGAAGCUACGCCGAGGCGAAGUGCCACGAGGUAGCCAAGUACCAUCAUCACGAGAUGACCGGCACCAAGUACCACCACGAGAUGGUCGGCGCCAAGUAUCAUCAUCACCACCACGAGUCGGCGGCGGCCAAGUACCCGGAUCUGCAGGCGAAACCCUACGAUCUGCCCAAGUACCCGGAAGCCAAGGGAUACCCGGACGGUCUCAAGUAUCCCGCGGAGAUGAGCAGCGGCGCGGCCGCCGCCGCCGCGGCCGCCGCUGCCGCCAAGGCGCCGUACGCCUGUGUACAUGGACAAUACUACCCUACCGCGGAGGGGUACACCGUGCACGGCGAGGAGAACGACUACCAGCCGCAGAGCGUGUCGUCGCAUCCCUCCUUUUACCCCUACAUAUCGGCGUCCAUGGCGCAACCGCCGUACUACAUGGGACCCCGAUAGACUGCCGACGAUGGGCGACAACACGAGACAAUUCUUGGGAGAUUUUCACGAGUGAGAUUGCGCGCGCGGUGCAUAUCGAGUACAAUAAAAUCGUAAACCAUUGCCCGUCGGAUAGGAAACUAUUUGCUACAAAUUAGUCGAGGCAAUGUUUCCGAUGAAUGAAACCAGGACCGCUCUGAGAUUGCAAAUCGUGUUUCACUCGAGUCUUGAUAUUACGCAGAAAUUUUGCAACGACCUGUGUGUAUAUGUGUGUGUGUGUGUGUGUGUGUGUGUAUACGUGUGUGCGCUUCAUAAACUUCGAGCGUACGCGAUCGUCCAUUAGCGAUCCAUUAAAAUUUAAUUCAGUCGAAUGUCGUGCGCUUAAUAAAAUUGUGUAAAGUACUUAAACGAUAGCGGUUGUUGUACUUAACGAUAAAUUAAUAACGAUAAACUUUAUUCUACAAAGCGAGAUAUUAUUAUUCGAUCGCCUUGUAAUUCUUUUUUUUUUUUUAAUUUAUUCUUCCCUCUGUAAACUCUGUGACACAAUACAAAUAAAACAGAUCUAUUAUCUAAGUAUUCUUGAGUUACAGUUCAACGUGUUCAAUGUUUAAAUUCUUCGAGACUAUUUGCAAAGAACGAGAGAAAAUGUUUUUAAAACACAGAACUUACGAGCAGAUUAAUAAAUUGUGUAAAAAAAAAUUAUAUAUGUAUAUUAACCUACGUGUAUUACCCCACAAGAUUUUCACGAGUGACUAGGA